AUGAUUGCUAGACAUGUACCACUUAAGAAAUGCUUCUUCAUGCUUGAAAGCCCCCUACCACUAAGCUCCAACUUCUCUGUUCAAUUCCGCAAGCACCGGCUUCUGUCGAAGAUGGGGAGAAGACAGACCCUCUUCGCUCUCCUCUUAGCAUGCCUCCUGCUUGCUGCUUCUCCGCACCGUUACUCUGCUGCUACCAAGGUUCAAGCUGGUUCCAAACCCAGAGAAGCGUCGGCAUCGGCAGCUGCGGCGGCAGGAUUCAGUUUUGCUACUUCGCUGAUCACAUUGAUGAACAUUAACAAGCAGGCCAAAGGGAAGAAGACUCGUAAAUCUCCAUCUGGACCCAACCCGGUUGGAAAUCAACACCCACCGUCGAGGCCAUGAAUCAGUGGGGGCACUAGUUCAGCAUAAUUUGUAGAACGGAAGGUCACAAUAUUGUUUGGGAUGUACAACUGAUCAAGGAGGUUAGGUAUAUUCUUAGUUCAAAAUACCGUUGUUUUGGGGUGUUGUGCAUGUACAAGGACUGAAUUUUAUUUGAAAUUUUGAAUUCCAUAAAGACUUCAAGGAUUAAA